UAAUAUGAUGAUUAUUGGACUUCAGGGCAGACCGGAGAGUCCUAAUGUGGGGGAUCUCAUUGAAUUUUCUCGUGUCAUCUACAGCCAUUGGGCAGUUUAUGUGGGAGAUGGCUAUGUCAUCCAUCUGACGAAAAAUAAAAACAAGCCUAACAAAGGAGAGGUUAAAAGAGAUCGACUUUUAUAUGUAGCCGGAUGCUUUCGUUACAAAGUCAACAACAUUUUGGACUACAAGUAUGAACGCAAAGAGAUCGAACUAAUUCUACAAGACGCAAACAGUGCCUUAGGUAAAAAUGUCACUUAUAACCUUGUGACACAUAACUGUGAGCACUUUGCAACCAAUCUACGUUAUGGAAAACCAGAAUCACUUCAGGUGAAAAAAGUACUUUACAGUGCACUAGCUAUUGGUAGUGUUACACUGCUGCUGAUAUAUCUUAAAAUAUUCAUAUUUUAAGAGAAAGAGUUAGGAAACGGGGGGAGCCCCCCCCGUAAUCUGUUAUGCCUCUCCCUCUCUGUCUACAGGAGGUCACGGCGAUGACGUAAUCUCUCUGUCCCGAGAGUACUAUUAUGCUAUAUUCCUGAAAUCAACAAAUUAUUUUUCUGUUUUCCUAUAUCGCCAAGUAUAUCGAUAUCGCAAAAAUACCCUGAAAUAUCGUGAUAUUAUUUUAGAGCCAUAUUGUCCACCGCU